UUUUUUUUAAUUGAGGUUAUAAGUUCAGUAUAUGUAUGUACUCAGAUCGUAGUAAAUCAAAUUUGAUGGCGGGAGCAAAGAGGUGAUAUGUAAUGCUUGCAGAAGAGAAUUGAAUGCAGCAAUAGAAUUUAAGUCAAGGUAUCAUCAUGCUUUUUUUCUCUGACCAUGCAUGGUAUUUAAAAAAAAAAAAUUCGAUGUGUUUGUAAUGGUUCCACUACAGAGACAAACAGGAGAUUCAUCAUUUGAUUUAUUCACAAAAACUGGAAACAUGGACAAAGACUUUGAAUUUAACGAGAUGGAAAUGUCGAUCAAAACUGAAUGUGUCGAGAUAAAAUCAGAGGAAGGUGAGGAAGAGAGUGACGUCCUGCUGUGGUACUCGAAUAAUGAAACUUUUGAAAACGGUAACUAUAAAUAUGCAGAAGAAAACAUUAAACAUGUAUCGACAGUUAAUAGUUCAGUGAAUGAAUGUGAUAGGAAUGAUCAGGAGAACAAUUUUCCAUUAAAAGGAUUUACAUGGAGUAAAGCAUUGUACAAAUACGAUACAAAUAUUUUCGAAAUCAAAAGUGAGAGCCGUGAUGGACAAAAGAACAUCUCGCAAGUGUACAAAUGUGAAAUGUGUGAGUACAAAACUAAGAGCAAGAAGUUACUAGAGAAGUAUCAAAUAUGGCAUAAAGACGCAUUCCAGGUACCGAUGUACAGGUGUGAUAAAUGUGAAUACGAAACAAAGUACAGGACUGGCCUCAUUCAGCACGAGGAAAAACACAAAAGCCCAUCCCAAGCACGAUUGUACCAAUGUGACAUUUGUGAUUUUGAAACAAAAUACAGAUCCAGCAUUAAACGUCACCUCUCCAAACACAAAGGCUGUGUUAACAUAUAAAUGUAGCGACUGCGAUUAUGAGACGAAGAAUAGAUACAGUCUUACAUCUCAUCGGUUAGUACACGACUGUUCUUAUGUAACACAAAAUUACACAUGACACGUGUGAUUUCGCAACCAGGCAUGAGAGUUCUUUAAAAUGACACCAGUUGAUGCAAAAGAAACCUUUGGAAAUGCCGCUGUACACAUGUAACACUUGUAACUACGAAUCAAAAUAUAAGACGAACCUGACUUGCCACCAGUUGAAGCACAAAGAACCUUCGUAGUUUCAAAUGUACAAUUGCGAUAAAUGUGACUAUGAGACAAAGUAUAGAACCAACCUUAUCCGGCAUCAAACGAAACGCAGAAGCUCUCGCACGACACGAAAAUACACCUGCAAUUCAUGUGAUUACGAAACGAAUUACAAGUCUUCCUUUAGGAGCCAUCAGUUGAAACACAAGGACCCCUUUGCGGUGCAAAUGUACAAGUGUGAUUUGUGCGAUUACGAGAUGAAGUACAGGUCCUCUAUUUAUCGCCAUCGAAUCGCGCACAAAGACCCUUCAGAAAUAAAAACGUAUAAAUGCAGCGAUUGCGAUUAUGAGUCCAAGUAUAAGUAUCAUCUUACGUCUCAUCGGUUGAUACAUGAAAGUUCUUCCAAAGGACGAAAGUACAAGUGUGAUUCAUGUGAUCAUAAAACAAGCUAUAUGUCUUGCCUUAAAUACCAUCAGUUAAGGCACAAAGACCUUUCAGAAGAUCAAAUGUACAGGUGCAACGACUGCCGUUAUACAACUGUAUAUAAAUAUCGCCUUGUACAUCACGUACUGAAACACAGAGUCCCAUUGGAAAUUCAGAAAUAUAAGUGUGAUGUUAAAAAUGCUGUUGUAAGUAGAUGU